GUGGGGAAGCCUCUACACGGCUCUUCCAAUCGCACCAGAGAGGGAGGGAGAGGCAGAGAGAGAGAGGAAAGAGUGAGGCUAUCUUCAAAAAGGGGUGGGAACGUUGAACCUGGAAGCUGAAAAGUUAUUCCCAAGCCUGUAAACAAGAAUCAAAGCUGUAAGAACGUGGUGGCACUAAAACCAACUAGGAGGGGAACUCAGUACAGCCAGACCAGCUCACUUAAAGGUGAAGAAAGGUAAAGAACGAGACCAUUUUCUUAAGUAAAGUUAUCCGUCGAGACUAAGAGCAGCUUCAGAAUGGGAGAAGAUGCAGUGCAAGCAGAGAGGAGCAGCAUGGUCAGCACACAUGAGAACCAAGAGCUGGUGGUGCCAAGCCCCAGCCCCACUCAGUCUUCACCCACACAUAGCCUCUCACAGCUGGGCACCGUCGCAACCAACGCCUCUAUUGGAGAACCUAGCAGCCCUGGGCCUCUGGCUAGGGGCACUACAAGCACUCUCACCAGAGAUGGAGCUUCACCAACAGGUCAAGUGAAUGCCAUCACUGUCUUGACACUUCUAGAUAAGCUGGUGAACAUGCUGGACACGGUGCAAGAGAACCAGCAUAAGAUGGAGAUGAGACAGUUUGAGAUAGAGGGGUCGGUGAGGGGCAUCCAGAACGAUAUGACCAAGCUCUCCAAAAGUCACACUUCCACUUCCAACACGGUCAGCAAACUCCUGGAGAAGAGUCGCAAGGUCAGCAUCCACAUGAAGGAGGUCAAGGACAAGAUGGAUAAGCAGGCCGUCCAGGUGAAGAAAUUGGAGGCUAAUCAUGCUCAGCUGAUCAAAAGAAACAACUUCAAAGUGCUCAUCUUCCAGGAGGAAAAUGAAAUCCCUUCAAGUGUCUUUGUGAAGGAACCUGCACCAUUAUCUGAAGUGGAGGAGGCGACCCCGACCAUUGAUGCCAACCGUUCUCAAGAGGAGGGCCUUCAGACCAUCGCCCUCUCCUCGGAUGAGGAGCAGGGACCAGAAGAGGACGACGAUGAAAUUUUGGCUGCUUUGGACCUCGAGAGUGAAACCAGAGUUGAAAAAUCUCGAGCUGAGAAGAUCAAGCGCUCCAGUCUGAAGAAAGUGGACAGCCUGAAGAAAGCUUUCUCCAGGCAGAAUAUCGAGAAGAAGAUGAACAAGAUCGGCACCAAGAUUGUGUCCCCAGAGAAGCGUGAGAAAAUCAAGAAGAGUCUGACACCGAACCACCAGAAGAACCCUAGUGCCAAGAGCUCCUCUUUCAAGGUCUCUCCUCUCACCUUCAACAUCAAGAAGAACCGCAGUGGGGAUGCUGAACCAGAGGCUGAGGCCUCAGCUCAAUCCGAGAGCGCCAUUGCCUCCAUCGAACUGGCCCCGAUUGAGAGCCCAACUGAAGACCUGUCCUUCAAAGAGGUCCACUCCCAACUUGCACCAGCACAGGAGGAAGUAAAGGCAGCUGUGGAAGCAAUGGAGAAAGAGGAGGUGCCCAACAUCCUGAAUGGCACAGCCGAGGUUGAGCUGUCGAUCACAGAAGUAAGCGAGGAGUAUGCUCUUUCUGCGACCCUGCCCCAGGACGCCUCCCAGAUAGAGGUGUCCCACAAUGCUUUACAGGGAGAGGAUGAAGAGGAAGGAGAGGAGGAAAAUGGAAAAGAAAGAGUGCAGAGUGAAGACAGUCCUCUAGCAGAAGCUGCAGCUGCAGGCCAAGCAGAGGGUGUUGCUGUAGGCCAAGCAUCCUAAUGUCCUGACCCUCCAAUCCAGCCCCAGGACAUCCUCCUAAGCUGAAAAAAAAAAAACUCUCUCCCUUAUCAGUGCCAGCCAUCCCUGCCAUGAACCCAGACAUCUGCCCUGUCCGCACUAAAUACAGACUUACAAUACAGUAUAUUCAAAGGCAAAAUACAUGAAGUAUAUGACAUUUGCUUUAAAAUCCCAUAUCGCUGUGUUAGUCCCUAGUCUUUUAGCAGAAAUGAAUGUGAAAGCAGUCUUAUCAGUUCAUCUAAUCCAACAGUCUGUUACAAACCUUCCGCUUGUGAGAAACCCACUCCAGCUGGUAUUACUGCACACUCUGUCUUCCUCUGGUGGUGCUUACCUGUCAGCUGAGAAGGUUGGCAAAGGAAAACAAAUCGCUUACAGCCAAAGGAGUCAACGGAUGCCAAUUGCACUCCAUCUAUCCCAUGAUUUUCAUCCAAUUCAUCUCUUCUGGAAUCGCCCGUGCACACCUGAACGUGAUAUUGAUUUCAUGCAACCUAGAUUAUUUCUAAUCUUGGUCCAAUUCGGUUUUGUUUUUGAGAUUAAACAGCACAUAUUUCCUUCCAUGUACUAUGUCUGUGUUGAUCAGAAAUGUGUAAUGUACUCAAUUUUACAUUUUGGUUUUAAUCAAGUAACACUAUGUAUACUGUGAACUCAUAAAUACAGAGACCAAAAGAUGUGAGAAAGCUAAGUGGGAAGUGUACUGCCCUAAAAACUAAACUAAAAAUAUAAUUUCUGAAUUCUAGAAUUCUGCUUUAUAGUGAUAACCUUUUGAAUCUGGAAUGCAGUUUAUAUGGGGGAUCCUGAUCUUCCCUGAGCUUCACAUAUGUCUCGGGCCCUAGUCAGAAAGCGUUCCUGCUUUUGAUAUAUGGCUCUUUUCAGAGACCAUUUCUCAAGCUCCCGUUGGCUUGAUACUGGCUGAGAAACAGGCACUGUGAGGCAGGUCUAGAUUACAGGCAUAUUUCUGAAAGUGAUGAAGGAGACGAUCAGCCCAGUUGGAUGCAAAUAAGCCAGAGAAGUGUGGAGAUCUGAAAAAGUACAAAAAAAAAGUUAAAGUCUGUUUGGAGUGUUGAACUGAAGUUUCAAAAUGUGAGAAAUGACUAACCCCAUGGGCUAAUACCUUCAUCAAUUUACAAUAAAUGCAAUUUACUGAUAUUUGUGCACACUUCGGCACUGGCUAUCAUGCAAACCCAGAAAUAAAAUGGUGCUGUUAGAGGAUAAAGUAAAAAAA